GAAGAAGAGCUGAAGAAGGCCAAGGAGGAGGAGGAGCGGCGGGAAUACGAGGAAUACCUCAAGCUGAAGGAGAGCUUUGUGGUGGAAGAAGAAGGCGUAGACGAAGCCCUGACGGAGGAGCAGUCCCAAAGUUUUGUAUCAGAGCUUCUCAAUUACAUUAAGAAUUCCAAAGUGGUCCUUUUGGAAGACCUGGCUUCUCACCUGGGACUCAGGACGCAGGAUGCCAUCAACAGAGUACAAGACCUGAUGGCAGACGGCACACUCACAGGGGUGAUCGACGACCGGGGCAAAUUCAUCUACAUCACCCCUGAAGAGUUGACGGCCGUGGCCGAAUUCAUCCGCCGUCGAGGGCGCGUCUCGAUUACGGAGCUGGCUCAAGAAAGCAACUCUCUCAUCAACCUGGAGGCGGAGGCCGGUUUUCUUAGCAAAGGGGUGGCCUGAGCAGCCCCCACCCUCUCUUCU